AUGCCUCAAGGCAGUUCGGCUGCCCCUGUGUGGUUUUGCAAAGUUGUCAACGAAGUCAUCAAAAAUCUCCGCGGUGUUGCAUCGUACUUGGAUGAUUUGAUCGUCUUUGAUGACACCCCUGCUACUCAUGUUGGUACCAUGCGCGCACUCGUUGAACGCUUGCGUGCGCACAACUUGAAACCCACGCCUCCGAAAGCUACUAUUGGCGCUACUCAAGCAGACUUCCUCGGACACACCAUCUCCCCUGACGGCGUUAGGCCUAACGGUGCCAAGGUUUCGGCCCUCACCAAAAUGCCUAUGCCCAGGGAUGUCAAGCAACUACGCUCCCUUCUCGGUGGUCUCAGCUACUACCGUAAGUUCCUCCCCAACAUGGCUAAACGCAUCCGACCUUUGACUACUCUACUCAAGAAGCAGGAGAAGUUUAUCUUCACCCCUUCCAUGGAGCAAGCCGUUCGCGUUUUAUUAGCUGAGUUGGCUAAUCCUCCUGUUUUGGUUUAUCCAGAUUGGGAUGCCGUUUCAGACGGCUCGCGACCUUCUCAUCUUUACUGUAAUGCUAGUCGCGAUGGGUUUGGUGGGACUCUCGAACAGGAACAGCCAGAUGGUUCCGUUCGCCCAAUUGUCUUCAUCAGCCGGGCUACUUUGGACUCAGAGCGUCACUGGACUCCCCUCGAUCUCGAGGCGGGUAGCAUCGUGUGGUGUAUCAAGCGCCUUCGCGGUUACUUGUGGGGUACGAAAUUUCGCAUUUUUACCGACCACAAAUCUCUCGAGCAUUUCGCUAAGUGGGGGAGAACAAUGCCCGCGUUCAGCGCUGGCUGGAAUAUCUUACCGCCUUUAAUCACACUCUCAAGUAUGGCAAGGGUUCCGCAAAUGGCAACGCUGAUUUCCUCUCACGCCUCCCGGUCGCUGCGGCUGAAUGCGACCGUUCGGGUCGCAGCCGUCUGA